CACCCACCCAUUUCUCCAAGGGUGCCUCUACCUGACCAGCUCCAGCCAGCUUCAUACCGACCUACCCACCACCGCCCGCUAUUCCCGCCGCCGCCGCACCACUACCACUACUAUCACCACCACCACAAGCCCUGAGGUUGGCCGGCUCUCUCCUUUCUACACCACACCACUCGUCAUUGCCGUCGUCAGCUCGGUCCGCGCCCGCAAUCGAUUUUGGGCCUGCGCAAAUCUCUUAGCCUCGCGUCCCCGUCUUCGCCGUAGCGCCAACCCGACAGGAUGGACCGGCUCAAUAGAAUGCUGGCUGGUGCUAGCGGCAUGGGCCUCGGUACCGCCCCGGGAGCUGACAACCAAAACCUCAUCGACAAUUCCGAGACCGUUUACAUCUCCUCCCUCGCGCUCCUCAAGAUGCUACGGCAUGGACGAGCGGGCGUUCCUAUGGAAGUUAUGGGUCUCAUGCUGGGAGAGUUCGUCGACGACUUCACCGUGCGCGUCGUCGACGUCUUCGCCAUGCCCCAAAGCGGAACUGGCGUCGGUGUCGAAGCUGUUGAUCCCGUAUUCCAGCAGAAGAUGAUGGACAUGUUGACCCAAACGGGACGACCCGAGUCUGUCGUCGGAUGGUACCACUCUCACCCUGGGUUCGGAUGCUGGCUCUCGUCGGUUGAUAUCAACACCCAACAGUCGUUCGAGCAACUGACGCCCAGAACGGUCGCCGUCGUCGUCGAUCCCAUACAGUCGGUCAAGGGAAAGGUCGUCAUCGACGCUUUCCGCCUCAUCAACCCACAGUCGCUCAUGCUCGGCCAAGAGCCGAGACAGAGCACUUCUAACUUAGGUCACCUCAAUAAGCCCUCCAUCCAAGCCCUCAUCCACGGCCUCAACCGACAUUACUAUUCCAUCGGCAUCAACUACCGCAAGACCGCGCUGGAGGAGAACAUGCUCAUGAAUCUACACAAGCACGUCUGGACCGAGGCCUUACAGAUGGAGGAUUACAGGCACGAGGGCGAGCAGAACAAAGAGCGGUUCAAGCGAUUGGUGUCUCUAGCAGAGGGCUACGAGAAACGGGUCAAGGAGGAGACCGAGCUGACUAAGGACCAGCUCAAGACCCGCUACGUAGGCAAGCUCGACCCCAAGAAGCACCUGGAAGACGUCGGCCAGCAGCUCAUCGAGGACAACAUCGUAUCCGUGUCGAGGCAGAUGAUCGAUAAAGAGGCGACGAUGCCGAAGAAGGAAGCCGCGUCGAACGGCCGGUCGAACGGGGACGAUAUGGAGAUCGAGGAGGACGAGGAGCUAUAGAUCCGUACCCACACACACGCGCGCAGCGGCACUUGAAAAAAAAAAAAAAAACCUUUCACCUGAGCCUUCGCUUCUCGACAGUGUGUGUAUUCAUAGGCGUUGGACGGGACAAGUAAACACGGACUAGAAAGCUUACGACAAUGGGUAACAGCUUUUGACUUACGCGAUCUAUUGCCGCGAGUGUGCUCGCGAGGUAUCCCGAGCGAGCUGAAUUUUAGAUCCUCUAGCUUUCGUCUGGUUUCUCCUCCACCCUUCCUCUCCUAUCAAGAAAGGGCAUUGGCCAAUGUCUGUCUAGGAGAUCAAGUAUAGGAGGGCUGACAAAUUUCUCCUUGCUCAACACGCAAUUUCCACGUGCUUUGUUCCUCCCUUGCUGCAAAGCGGGGGGUUAAGUGUCCAGGGACAAUAGUCCUGUCCUCAAAGAAGAAAAUGGUUCACCGCUGACGAUUAGUAGGGGCCCUGUUACGAGGAUGGCGUAAUACAAAGAAACAAGGGGAUUGUUGAGCUCGUCAAAGCUGUGUUUCGCAAUAUUUAAUAUGCUUGCCUCUCACACGUCGUCGAACGAUCAGGGCACAGCGCAAGGUGAUCUACUGAAUUCACGUCCCGUCUGCCAGAGCGAUAGCG